CAUAUGAAACUUGAAGUACUAUCAAUUGUUGCUUCAUUAAUUGCCGUGACUACAGCUAAAAAUGUGGUAACUCCAUUGAAAUUGGACUUCAGUGUCCAGAGAGGUACCAGGAAUGACCAUUCACUGGACUACCAACCUCAUCUAGUUAAGCGUCAAACCUCGAAUGACAGUUUCACCAUGGAAUUGAUCAAUGAAUCUACGUUUUAUGUGGCUGCUCUCGAAUUUGGCACUAAGGGGGACAAGGUUUCAGUAUUGGUUGAUACAGGAUCUUCUGAUUUAUGGAUUCCAUCUCACGAUGUAAUCUGUUACGAAACCCCAUAUAUGAAGAAAAGAAGUGAAGCGUUCACAAGAGACGUCAAAGAAGGGGGAAAUGAUAUUGACGACAUAUUUGGUAAACAUGGAAUUGACCCCACGAAAGCAUCAUUGUCGUCUCCAAUUGAAGGAGGUAACGUUCAAAAGGCAGUAGAAGCUAUGACCAAUACAUGUACAACAUACGGUUCUUUUGCAACUGGAAACUCGGGUACCUUCAAAACAAAUACCACUAAUCAAGAGUUUUAUAUUGCCUAUGCUGAUAAUACUGAGGCAAUUGGUGUAUGGGGUUAUGAUGACGUCAAAAUCGGAGAUACAAUUGUUAAAGACCUUCUGUUUGCAGUGGUAAAUCAGUCUUCAUCCAACGUGGGUGUCCUUGGAAUCGGCUAUGCCAGUUUGGAAACAACAUUUCUGGCCUUCGACGAAAUGUACGACAACUUACCAUUAAAACUUAAAGGUGAUGGGUUAAUCAAGAAAAACGCAUAUUCUUUGUACUUGAACAGCAAUGAUACAAAAUCCGGCUCCAUCUUGUUUGGAGCAGUUGAUCAUGCCAAAUAUGAAGGACAAUUGCAAACUGUUCAAAUUGUAGGUGCCGUUACUGGCAGUUAUCCAGACCCCAACCGGAUUAUUGUUGUUCUCAGUGGGAUCAGUGUUGAUGAUAAUGGCAAUGAUAUUGGCGUGUCUGGUGAUUCGUAUCCCGCACUUCUUGAUACGGGAAGUACAGCUACAUUUAUGCCAUCUGCCUUGGCCGCUCAAAUAUCCAAAGCUUUGGGUGGCUACUAUUCCACCUCCGUUGGUGCUUAUCAAGUUCCUUGUUCCAGUGACUCGAAUGUAAACAUAAAGUUCAAUUUCAGUGGGGUAACCAUUUCAGUUCCUUAUGAAGAAUUAAUCUUACAUUAUAGUUCUUCAUGUUAUUUAUCUAUCUUCCCACUGGCAUCUACUAGUAAGUACAUUAUCUUUGGAGAUAAUUUCUUAAGAAGAGCUUAUGUGGUGUAUGAUUUGGAGGAUCAUGUUGUUGCACUUGCUCAGGUAAAAUACACUGAUAAAGAAGAUAUUGAAGUGAUUUCAGAUGGAAUCCCCAGUGCUGUUAAAGCUGAAGGGUAUUCGUCUACUGCAUAUUCUACGGUGUUCAGAACAUCCCAGCAAACGGCAACUGCUGGAAUUUCGGGAAGCGCAAGAAGUAGUCUGCGAUCAACAUCUACCAGUUCUUCAACAUCUUCAUCAUCUCGCUCUCUGGCGAAUAGUUCUAAAUUACUCCCAGUAACCUUUUUGAUGUUAGCCUUGGUUGGAACAAUAUCCAUUUUUACCGUGUUGUAA